GCCUUUAAGGAAUUGGACCGCCGGAGUACCACAAUCCACCCGUACGAACUCGUUCACUGGCCGAUCUAAAAAUGAUAAAACUCAAAACUUCCCGCAGAUGAGUCGUUUCAAUGAAUACGUUGUUGUACUAUAGACAUAACUUGAAAUCGACUUUGAUAAAACGCUUCUUUCAAACAGCAGAUCUCGCCGCCCGCGCAGUAGAGCGAUGCGUUCAUUGUGCGAUGGUAUUUUGAGCUCAUUGGAGAGAGCUAGAUAGCAGGAGGCAGCUUAGCGGUUAGUCAGUUUGUGGCGGUAGCUGUGAGUGCUAUGCGAGGUGCGUGCCUUCAAUGUGCGAACUUGAAAUUGUUGUUCUAUCGACAGUAUUCAAAAGUGUUUAUUAUCCAACGAAGUAGACAAAUUCACAGACGCGCAAGUGACACAAAGCAAGCCGACACAGGAAAUGUAAAUGCUUUUUGGUCAUUGCGACCAUGGCCAUUGAGCAUUUUUACUUCUAUUUCGGCCUGGAAUAGGCCCCGUAACCGACGUUCGAUGCGUCUUGAUGAGCGCAGGAUGUCGGCGAAGGAGCGAGCCGUGAGUCAGCUGAGCGUCGAGUCGGUGAAGAUGAUGGCCGAGUCAGUGGGAGUAACAGCACUACCAGAAGACACCUGUAGAGAGAUCUCGGAAGACGCUACUUAUCGGUUACGGGUCAUCAUCCAAGAGGCUAUUAAGUUCACUCGGCAUGGCAAACGGAAAAGGAUGACGUCCUUUGAUCUGGACAAUGCAUUGCGAGUGAAGAAUGUCGAACCCCUGUAUGGAUUUACGGAUCCACAUUUUAUUCCAUUCCGAUUUGCGAGCGGAGGUGGUCGCGAACUCUACUUUCAUGAAGACAAGGAGCUCGAUCUUGGCGAGCUGGUUUCUGGUUCUCUUCCGAAACUUCCACUUGACAUUAGCUUGAAGACCCAUUGGCUUUCUAUUGAAGGCAUCCAACCUACGAUAGCCGACAAUCCCCCUCCAGUACCGAAAGAUCAGCAACGGCAAGAAAGUCUAGAUCCACUUUCGAAACUAUGUAAACCUCAGCAAGCGGAGAGGACUGCCAAGCACGUCGAAACAGUCAGAGUCAAGCAACUGGCAACACACGAAUUAUCGGUUGAACAACAGCUGUAUUAUAAGGAAAUUACGGAGGCGUGCGUAGGAUCAGAUGAUUCGCGGCGUGCUGAGGCUCUUCAAUCAUUGAGCUCAGAUCCUGGCCUUCACCAGAUGCUUCCGCGACUCUGUACGUUCAUCUCGGAGGGAGUAAAAGUAAACGUUGUCCAGUAUAAUCUUGCCUUUCUCAUUUAUCUUAUCCGUAUGGUAAAGGCCCUACUCGACAACCAGUCGUUGUAUCUCGAGAAAUACCUGCACGAGAUCAUACCUUCUGUGACCACAUGUAUUGUGAGUCGACAACUGUGUACACGGCCAGAAGUUGACAACCACUGGGCGCUUCGCGACUUCGCUUCUCGUCUAUUGGCACAAAUAUGUAAAAAUUUCAAUACGUCGACGAACGGUAUCCAAGUUCGUGUGACGAAGGCUUUUAGUAAAGCGCUUAUGAACGACCGUAUGCCGCUCGCUUCAAUCUAUGGAGCGGUUAGUGUUCUCGGUGAACUGGGUACGGAAGUAGUUCGUAGCCUACUCAUUCCGCGCGUCCGGGAAAUCUCAGACCGUCUUCGGCGAUGCCUCGAAGAGCCUGGUGUCGUAUCGAGUGAGAAAAAAGCAGCUGAACAAGCUAAACAGAUCCUUGUGCGAGUCGUAGCGCCAGUUUUGAAAGCCACGAGAUCUCCACCCGAUAACCACGAGCAGUUCCGCUCCGAAUUCGGAUACCUUGGACCCUUUUUGAUUGCGCAGGUGACUCGGCUUCGUACCCAGGCGGCAGCGGCAAGUUCUGGAGCAGGCGGCGGUCGACCACCUGUAACAGUAGCCCACACAACAAGAGUAGUUCAACAGGCAACUCCACUAAGCGGCAGUUCCGCUGGCACGAACAGUUUAUCUGUAGCCCCCGCUGCAAGAUCAACCUCAACUUUGGUAACAAAUAAUUCAAUAGGUCAAGCGACGUCCAGUGGACAGAAGUUCCUGAUCACACAACGUGCGCAGACGGUAUCACAACAAUCUACAUCUACAAGCCAACAAAUUGUCCGAGUUGUGGGAACCCCGAGUGGUACGGCAGUGAAAACAGCAGUUGGGGUAGCUUCUGGCCCAGCAACAAAGGUCGUCGUUAUGGGCCAGAAGCAGGUCCAGUACGUUAUGGCUGCGCAGGGAAACCAGAACGCGGGAAGUCCGGCGGCGCGCUCUGCUAACUCAAGGCCAGACACGCCUGAUGUGCAGCCGGAACAGCAACAUGAUAUUAAAUAUGAGCCUCACUGAGCUGGACGAUUAUGUGUUUUAAGGCAAACAGGACGUAAAACGGAGGAAAUGUACCGCUAAAGUGCAAUCUGCAACAUGCGAACAUUGUCUAUUUGGUUAUUAACAAAAUGCUACUGCUUAGAUACAGUCCUCUGACUUGUCAGAUGUCUUUCCAGAGCUACGUUUCGCGCUGUUAGCGCCUAGAAAAAUGAAAAUCAUUUUCAUGAGUUUUGUAUCUGCUCUUGAAAUCCUUUAUUGAUAACGCAGAAACUGAACCGCAUAGUGAACUUUUUCGACCUGAAGGUCUGUGUUUGAUAUUUCUAGGUGUGUGCACGUGCAUUGUUAAUUCUGUACUGCUUUUGUGAAAUUCAAAAAAAGGCCGGUCGACAAUUUUAAAUGAAAUCCUACCUGCCGCGCAAUUUCGGCCAAAGUGAAACUUUACUUUCCGUUUUUGUUCGCUUCGGUUUAUUUGUGUUUGCACCUGUAUGCCUGCCUCCCGAUGUUAUUCUGAGAAAGCGAAUAUAUGUAUCUGAUGUGUUACUGACUAUCGAAUGAAAGAACGAUAGAUUUCAACCCACAUGACCGUGUAAUACUGCAAAUGUUGAAUAAAAGGAAGAAAACUGGAAAUAGAUGCAAGCUCUGCGGCGGUGCAGUCCAAGACACGCAAGAGUGCAAAAUGAAUUUAUGCGUAGACACUAUGUAUAUCACGACGUACGUUUAUGACAACUAUAAUGUAUUCGAUCUGUUCGUGCUCGACCCACGUGUAAAAGCUCGUGAACAGAAUUAUGAAAAUCACGGCGUAGCCUGUUAUAUAGUAGAGCUAAAAAUUAAAAAAUAUCUCUAUUUGUAGUUUGUCAUCGCUUUAGGCAUUGCAACGACAGAAAUUAUAGUGGCAGGAAAAACAUACAGCAUUCAAUAAUAGGCCUGGGUCAAUUUUACUUGUUCGCAUAUGCGUCGAUUCGGACCAAUAAAUUGUCUUCAUAUUGGAUUAUCAUAUAGAUAUAAGGUCAAGUUAAUUUAGUCAGAUCGAGUUCGUAAUCUAAAGAUAGCACCAACAACACGAAAGUGAUAAGCAAGAAAUUUGCAUUGAUGUCUUUGCGGUUAUGCGGUCUGAUCGUGAGAAGUUCCAAAGCGAUCUGUGGCGUAAUGAUUGUACAUACAUACGUACAGCGAAGAUUUGUAUUGUUGACAUUUUGUAUCCCCUGAGCAAGGGAAAAGAAUGAUUCAUAAUAACACAUUUAUAAUGAAAAAGAUAACAACGUUAUCCAGUUGGAACAACUGGGAACUAUAAUCUAUGUAUAUGUGUGCAUAUAUCGAAGGUUUGUCAAGACCUAGUUAACCGACAAAAAACGAAGAUAAAGAUCAUCAAGCCCAAACAAGCUGUUUGCAUGCACCGUCAAUAACAAUAAACGUCUAUUAGUAGUUGUUGCGUCGGGUCGUAAAACUGAGUUUUUUUUUAUGUACAUUUUCCAAAUGGUUCUAU